CUUAAAUUAAAUACGUAUCAUCACAUUCAGUAUUCAGAAGGCUUUGAUGCAUGAUAUCACCUUUAGAAUAUUAGAUUCCUAUUAAAAAACAAUGGACUUGAUGUUGCGAAGGCAUUUGAUAGUUUUGUUCGUGGUUAACAUCAUCUUUGCACUGUCUGGAGUGAUCUUGAAUCUGUUCGUUAUUGCUUCUUUGAUGAAGUCGUCACAACUUCGAAAGAAACUUUGUCAUUUCAUGGUCGUCGUGAUAUCUUUUUUUGAUCUCAUGAAUGUCAUCACAGGUCAACCAUUAUUGCUGGCGGAGCUUGUGUUGUGGAUGAGUGAGGAAAAUAAAAUACUCAAGGACCUUGAGAAAUACGUACGCUUCACAUUUGCAUUUGUCGGUUCUUCAUUGUUGGCACUUUUAGUGAUGAGUAUUGAACGUUAUCUUGGAGCAUAUCACCCCAUUUUCCAUCGAAAGUCUCUGACUAAACGCCGUUUGUUGCUGUUCCUUGCAAUUUUGAUUGUUUUAAACAUUGCAAUGAACAGAAUUGCUACGUUGAACAAUGUGGCAAGGUGUGCAAUGUAUAUAGUUUUCUCUGGUCUUUAUUUGCCUCCAUUUUUGUUUGUAAACUAUAAACUAUUUACAAUGUCAAGAAAACUUAGUCGAGAUCGCGCAACAUCUUUUCCUACUCGACAAUAUCAAAAUUUAAAAAGUGUGUCAACCUGUCUUCUUGUUGUUGCAUCUGUUCUUAUUUCCUCAAUUCCAAGCUACUUGUUUGCUUCUAAUCCGAAUCUGGUGCGCUUAAUGAUAAGUAAAGGAGAAAAUAAGACUUUUGCUGAAAUUGUGGUAGAACCAAGAUAA